GCGAACUCAAGUUGAAAAACGAAGUUAUAGUCAAUAGUAAUCAUUUAUUUAUAAAACGUUUAAGAGCACAAAGUAAAAGCCUAAAUUGCCUUACAUAUUAUUUUUUAUAAUUAAAAAUUAAAUUAGGUAUUUAAAAAAUAAAUAGGGUCCAGAAAACUUUUAUAUUAAUUAGACGAAAGCUGUAAUCAGAAUUGUACUUAAGUUAUUGAUUCAUCAUUAGCCUGAAUAAUGGAAUUGGAAUUUUUUUUAAUUGUAAUGUCACUAAGCUUUAGAACUGCUUUGGAUUUAAAAAAAGACAUAGAAGGAAAAGAUUGCAAAGUAACUGAGCCGAUUUAUAAUUACACAUUCGACUUGUCACCUUUACGUUCUGAACUGGGAUAUCAUAUAUCUUCAAAUGAUCAACCUGAGUUGUUCAUGUUCAAUGUUUGUGGAUCCCUUCCCAAGAAAUGCAAUAAUCAAUCAGUAUUAGCUUGUGUAACAAAUCAUUCAGGGGAACAAAACAAAAUUUUUGGUUUCAAAGAAAAGCUACUAUGGAAUGACGGAUCCCUUCGCUUGAGUUAUGUUGGUGAGAAGUGUGGGAGCACUGGGAAAAAUUUUUCAAUGAACAUUUUACUUCACUGUGAUUAUUCUGAUACUAAAAGUGAUUUUCUCGGAGUAUUUCAUGAAUCGAACUCUUGUGAAGCAAAUGUUGUCAUGCGAACUCCUUAUGCUUGUCUUCCAAUUCCAAAUGAAAUGAAAGACGUCAAAUGCUCUGUAGAGAGUCCUUCUGGGGAUGUCUUCAAUUUUAACUUACUAAGAAAUUCAAAUCAUAUUGCUAAAGGCCCGAAUGGGACGAGAUUUGUUAUCGGCAUAUGUAAUCCAAUUUUAUAUGGACAUGAGGCAGGUUGUGAAGAAGGAACUUCUGUUUGUCAACAUAAACAAAAUGAAAUAGAAUUAAACAAAAGAUAUCAAAAUAUGGGUGUGAUGAGUGAAGGCUUUAAAUAUGACAAUAAUGUCAUCAGUUUAACAAUGUCCUCUAAAGAAGUUUGUGCAAAUGCAACAGGACAAACAUUUUCGUCGAAAUUUAUUUUCGAAUGUGACAACCUCGCAACAUCAAGUUAUCCAACAUAUCUAGCAACGAUUGAUUGCAUUCAUAUGUUCACGUGGCCAACUAAUAUUGCAUGCAAAACAAAAAAAUCUUGUCAGGUUGCAGAUGUUACAAGUGGUGUUUCGUUUGACUUCACUUCUUUAGCAGGCAUUCAGUAUAAAGCUACUGCCGAAAACAAUACUGAGGAUGUCAUUUAUUUCUCUAUUUGCACUCCAUCAAAAGAACCAUGUUUAAAGGAAAGUGGUAGCUGUGUUGUGACGAACAAAAACCAACUACGAACACUAGCAGGACAUUUCAAUGAUCAUUUGAUGUUGGAUGGUAAAAAUCCUUAUCUUUUGUAUGAAGGUGGUGAAAUUUGCCAAAGACAAGGACAAACCUUCACAACAAGAAUUGAUUUUAUUUGUUCAAAUGACGGCAUGUUAACUGCUGAAAAUACUGCUAUAGUUAUUGAAGACGGUUGCUCAAUUGUGAUACAUUUCAAGACUGUUCUAGCUUGUGGUUUUAUUAAAAACUGUAUUGUGAAAUCCAACGAUGAUCAAGAGAUCGACUUGAGUCCAUUGAUUAAUUAUGAAGGGAAUUAUGAAGCCACAGUAGAUGAAAAAAAAUUCCCAAACGAAAUAGCACCGGUCCAUUACUUAUUAAAUGUGUGUCGACCUUUAAACUCUAAAUAUACUUUAAAUUGCCAUGGCUCAGCAGGAGCUUGCAGAACUGUGGAAAAAGAGGGAAGACAUGAAGAAGAAUUAAACUUAGGACAUCCUUUUUAUUCGAUGUCAGCAAACACGAUAAAAGGAAUGACAGAAGUUACAAUGAAAUAUUUCAAUGGAGAAACUUGUUUGACACAUAGAGACGAAAAUAUUACAACAAGUAUUAAAUUUAUUUGUGAUGAACAUGCCGGACUUGGCAAUCCAAUCUUGGAAUCAAUUGAGAAUUGCUUGUAUUCGUUCAUAUUCCCAACGAAUAUACUUUGUAAUGAGAAAAUAGUUGAAAUUAGUAACAACUCGUGUGUACUGUUAGUUGAUGGAAAAAGUGUUGAUUUACAUCUUUUUGGAGAUAAUGGAAAGUAUACGUUUGGAAAUAAAACUAUAGAUAUUUGUUCGAAGACAGAAGAAAAAUUUUACACCAUAGUUUAUAAAGAGUCUAUGAUACGCAUCGAGUUAAACAUGCAGAUUGAUAAUGUCAUCGAUGUGGAAGUUCGACUAAUAUGUAGUUCAAAUAAAAAUGUUUCAAUCAUGAUAGACGAACACAUAUUGGUAUUGGAUGAAAAUUCAUUGAUUUGUUCAUUACUGAAUAUUAAGAAGCAGAAAUCAUCUACCUCCAACAUGAGUGAUUCCACUAAAAUCCCUGAUGAUGAUGUGGAUCAAUCGAAAUCUUUUGCACUUGGAUAUGCGUUCCUUGUGGUCAUAGUAAUUAUAGCUUUUCUUGCUAUUUAUUUAGUCAUCAGGCAUCCUGAGCGACGUGAAAUUAUUUUCAAUCUAGUCAAAUUCCGUUCACGCCGUACUUCAACUGUUCGUUAUUCAAGAGUCCAGCUUAAUGAAGAGUCGUUGUUGCUGGAAAACAAUAAUGCGGGAUUAAAUGAUAGCGAUGACGACAGUAUACUUAUGUAAUUUAUAUUUAACUAAGUAUAUAUCGUGAAAAAGGUUUCACAUUUUCAAGAAGCUUUUUCGAGAAAAAUAUUAUUUAUAUAGGUAUAUUUUCAUGCUAGUAUUUUUUAUAAUAGAUUUAUUUAAUCAGAGAAGUUCUUAAUAACAAUUUUGCAGCUAUUUUCAACUGUGAGAGAUUAAGUCUUUAAAAAUUAUUAAAUUUGGUUAAUGUUUUAUUUUCUUCAUUUUUAAUAUUUGAAACAGAAAAUUUUCUAUUUGUUGAGAGUCUAUGUAGGGUAAAUUGUUAACUAACUUGCAAAAACAGACAGAAAUGAAAAAAUGGAAGUAAAGCAAAGUAGGUAGUGACUUAAUUAUUAAUUUUUAAAGAGACCAUUACAUUGCUUUAAAAUUUUAUUAAAUGUUAUUUUUAAAACUUAAAACUUUGAGUCAAAAAUAAAACUUUUCUGAGUAUAA